AUAGACGUGGCAAGCGAAGAGGUGCUUCCUCUGCGCUGUGUUGACAUAUUAAAGAGGAAUAGGAAACUAACAGCCAGACGGACUUAGAAUUUCUGUGACAGUAAUUCCGAAACGAAGGCGGUUUUGACUGUGAUUAUCGAUCUCAUGCCUUGACAGGCAUCGAAGUAGGUACAGUAGUUAGCGAACCAGCCUUAAAGAGGGCAAUGGACGGGACUUGGCUGUUCGUGUUAUUUGGUGGUUUGUUGGAGGUGUGUUGUGGUGUAUCGGCUAACAGAGGGGGGUCUCCUUCGUUUACUGAUGAGAUUCCAUUCAAAAUCAACUGGCCGGGGGCCGAAUUCACCCUGCCAACCUCAGGCGCCCUUUACAAAGAAGAGGACUUUGUCAUCAUGACAACAACGGAGAAGGAGAAGUAUAAAUGUCACCUGCCCUCCUUGUCAAACGGCGACGACGAUGAUGCCAGGGAAUACACCGGCCCCACUCCAGGUGAUCUGCUCGACCCGCUGUUCAAGCAGAGCAGUUGUUCUUACAGAAUAGAGUCCUACUGGACAUAUGAAGUUUGUCAUGGGAAGCAUGUCAGACAGUACCAUGAGGAGAAAGAGACCGGACAGCAGAUCAAACUUCAGGAGUAUGUCUUAGGAAGCAUGACCAAGAAGACUGAGGCCUCUGCAACUCUUGGAACAGAAACGACCGAAGCAGAGACAUUUGAGGAAACGGAACCUAAGUCAGAACCCGAGAAAGAGGUUCCCACUAAGAACGUGGAGGGCCAGCUGACUCCGUACUACCCGGUGCUGAUGGGACAUGGGACGCCGUGCGUCCUGAAACAGGACGCGCCGCGCUCCACCAACGUGCUCUACGUCUGCCACCCCGAAGCCAAGCACGAGAUCCUCUCCAUCGCCGAGGUCACGACCUGCGAGUACGAAGUGGUGGUGCUGACCCCUCUGAUCUGUGCACACCCGAAAUACAGGUUCAAGUCGUCCCCGGUCAACGACAUCUUCUGCCAGGCCCUGUCUGGAUCUCCCCUGCGGCCUCACAGUCUCUCUCAGAUGGAGCAGGAAGAAGAACAGCUACUGAAACCUCCCUUCACAGCCCCUGUUCCCCCGGAGAGGGAGCGAGAGGAGGAGAAUACGUCCCCAGUGAGGGAGGAAGCCUUCUCCUCUACCCACAAGCCCCUGGUGGUGGGCGGGCAGACCCAGGUGACCGUGGGAACCACCCACAUCUCUCGUCUGACAGAUGAGCAGCUGAUCAAAGAGUUUCUGAGCGGCUCCUACUGUCUCCAUGGGGGUGUGGGCUGGUGGAAGUAUGAAUUCUGCUAUGGGAAGCACGUACACCAAUACCAUGAGGAUAAGGAGCACGGGAAGAACAUUGUGGUGGUGGGCAACUGGAACGCUGAGGAGCACCUGGAGUGGGCAACCAAGAACAUAGCCCGGUCCUACCAGUUUAAAGACGAGGGUGGUCAGAAAGGCGUGCAGAAAGUCAAGCUGGUGAACCACUUCUAUGGCCACGGGGAUGUGUGUGACCUGACGGGGAGGCCCAGACAGGUCGUCGUCAAGCUCAAGUGCAAAGAGUCAGAAUCUCCCCAUGCUGUCACGGUGUACAUGCUGGAGCCACACACCUGUCAAUAUGUACUAGGGGUUGAGUCUCCAGUCAUAUGUAAGAUCCUGGACACAGCCGAUGAGAAGGGCCUUCUGUCCAUCUCCAGCUAACAGAACAGUCAGAUGGCAAGAAGAGGCCAGAGGAACGAUCAGAUGAUCAGAGGGGUAAUAUUAAGAAAAAAAAAAAAUUACUAGAAAAACCCAGUGGGCUGAGACAAAGACUGGAUGAACCAAGUCCCAUGGCAGUGCCCAGUAGGUCAAGACAUCGAGGGCGAUAUUGGAUCAAUCCCUGGAAGCCAGGAUCACGACCCCUCUUCAACCAUCUGGCUUAGGCCUCUAAUCACUGGGCUCGCCCCAUCUGAAGCCUCAUCACAAAGUAUGAAAAACACUUUGGAAUUUAAUUUUAAAAGGGGACCUUGUUCACCCCACAAGCCAACGGAUCUGUUGCCUGAAUGUCCUUUUGUCCGCUUCACCUUUGGACUGGUGUUUCUCUGGGUGGAGAGACGGGCUCAUCAGUAGGAUCAGCAACCUGGCUAUAGUUCUCUGCAUUUAAGUUUGAUUAGAUACUGGGGCUUGACACUCUGCACUUUUUUGUUUGGUCGACAUCUUCCAGAGUUUUGUGCAGACAGAAAAGAGCUGUAGGCAGAGUGAGAAUGGGAUUCUGGUGUCAGGGUUUCAAUUGUGUUCAGGAAGUAAAAUGCAAUUCCAAUGCUAUUUCCUCAUUCAAAAGCAAUAAGUAUGAUCAGAAUUUUGGGUUUCUUCCUGAAUUGAUGGGAUUUCAAUGGAAUUGACCUGAACCCUGUUCGUUUCUAUUGUUACAUAGUGAGCAAGAGGAACUUCUAUAAAUUGUAAUGUGCUGUGCAUUCAAUCAUCGGAUGUUAUUGAGAAGAUUUGAAAUGAUUGUGUGCUGACUUUGAGGAAACUUCCCUGUGGAAUUCUAAACCUGGUGUGUUCUGUGGUUUUAAAUGAAAGAUACACUGAAACAAGAAAAUAACUGAUAUCUGAACAUAAAGUAAUAAAAUGUCGAAAUGAGCGAUGUUCAUAUUAUUUUUGUCUUGGCCUACUGCCAAUGAUAGGAAAGAACCCGAAUGGUUCUUAGCUGUGGUGUGAAUAAAAAGUGUUCUGUCUGUCUGUGA